AUGGAAAAACUUGUUCAUAGGUUAAAGAAUCUCUUUACUGAGUACCCACUCUCACCGGAAUCUCGGAAUCUGUCUUACGGCACCCCAGGAUACCGAGGUAAGGCCGAACUUUUUCAAGGCGUCGCUGCGAGAAUCGGUGCCUUUGCUUGUCUCUACUCCAUUCAGAAGUGCGGUAAAGCUGUCGGGGUGAUGAUCACAGCAUCACACAAUCCUCCUGAGGACAACGGUUUAAAGCUCAUUGACACCGACGGUGGCAUGCUUUCACCGGAUUUGGAGCCCAGUGUAGUAGAAUUUGUCCGAUUGCGGAGCAACGAAAUUGGGAGCUUUUUAUGCAACUACUUUUCAGACUCCUAUGACGAGAAUGUUGAACCCCAGGUGUACUUCGGUUGGGAUUCCCGCAUAAGCUCCGUCACUUUGUCUCAAGAGGUGAAGAAGGGCAUUGUGGCAGUCGGUGGAAAGUAUAUCGACUUUGGACUCGUCACGACGCCACAAUUGCACUUUUUGGUCCAUAUUCAGAGCAGUCAUCACGUGCCGAAUUGCUUGGAGGACUACGUGGAGGUGUUCACUCGCUGUUUCGUGAAGGCUUUCUCGACACUACGUGGUGGUGGCGGUGAAAUCCACCUGAACGUGGACUGCGCCCAUGGUGUGGGAGCACUGACACUGACCUCGCUCUCCUCACGUCUCUACUUGGCCUCUAGGGCGUCCACCUAUCCCGCCGACAGUCCGCGUCUCUGUCUGCGCACCUAUAACACACUCACCAGCGAAAAAGACCUCCUUAAUCGCGAGUGUGGAGCUGACUUUGUCAAGAUCCACAUUAAGCAACCGAAGCUGACACCAUUGCCACCAGAGGCCGCACCCUUUGCAUCACCGGCGCGAUGGGCCACAAUUGAUGGUGAUGCGGACCGCCUGUUAUACUUUUUCUGCCCUUCGGGCUCGGAGGGUACCUCGGUGUGUCUGCUGGAUGGCGAUCGCAUCGCCAUUCUCUUCACUGCCUUCAUCGCGGAUCGACUGCGGCUACACCGGCAGGGGCAGCGACGCCUGCGACUGGGUGUCGUGCAAACCGCCUACGCUAACGCCGCUUCCACACACUACCUCCACCGGUGUCUUGGACCCGACGCCGCCGACUCCGUUGUGUGCGCUCUCACCGGGGUGAAACAUCUACACAAGGCUGCCAAGAAUUUCGACUUUGGUGUCUACUUCGAGGCGAAUGGUCAUGGGACGGUGGUGGUCUCGGAGAGGGCACAAGACUAUGUCUCGAGCCUGGAGGAGGACGAUCCGCUGCGGCUCUUCGUGUCGUUGGUAAACACGGCGGUUGGAGACGCACUGACUGACCUCCUUUUGGUGGAGUAUGUGCUGGCGGCACGUGGCCUCUCCCUCGACCAAUGGUUCGCUCUCUACCACGACCUACCUUCGCGUCAGCUUAAAGUUUCGAUUGCCGAUCGCACCGUUAUUCAGACCACCGACGCGGACCGCAAGGCCACACAUCCGCCGGGCUUGCAGGAGGCGAUCGACUCUCUAGUUAGAGAGGCUGACACUGCAGCGAUGAAGGUGGGGUCGGCAAUCUCGGUGGAGGGAGGAGGGGUGUCACGGGCUUUUGUGCGUCCCUCAGGCACUGAAGACGUGGUGCGCGUGUACACUGAGUCCGCCACUCAGUCCCUCGCCGAUUGGCUAGCCCAGAGCGUUGCCCGUCUUGUCUACAAGCACGCCAACGGCGUGGGGCCCGAGCCGCCAGCCCCCAAACGCAUUCCUGUUUGA